UCUUGGUGGGAAGGUGGUUUCAAAUGCAAUGAUUCUGUUUCAUAAGCUCUUUAAGUUUCACAUUGCACAGUGCACAAGCACGUUGUCUCGGUGUUUCUGUGCUGAGGUUGCAUGUCAGGAGCAGGUCCCACUGCACACAAGCCGAGUAGUGCUUGGUCGAGUUCACAGCCACCUCUGCCAUCCCGGAUCGCUCAGGCUCCGGUGCUCGGCGUUGUCAGCACAGCCGGCCGAUGAGGAUUGGCUCAGUGCAGCCACCGUCGCCCUGGCGUGGCCCGACCCAAUCAGAGCUCCGCGGGAAGGGGCGGGGCGGGCCCGCGAGGCGCGCGUUGUGCCGGAGAAGUAUCCGCCGCGGUCCCUUUAGGCAUGGAGGAGCUCUUGUAUGCCAAGUUCGUCUCUCAGAAAAUCAGCAAAACCCGCUGGCGGCCGGUGCCCCCGGGGAGCCUGCAGAUCGCCGAGACCUUCGCCACGGGCUCCUGGGACAAUGAGGAAAAUCAUGUUUCCCUGUGGUCUGUCGGGGAUUUCGGAAACUCGGACUGCGAUGGAGGCUUAGAAGGAGACCAUCGCUUGCUGUGCAAUAUCAGACACCACGGCGAUGUCAUGGACUUACAGUUUUUUGACCAGGAAAGAAUUGUAGCUGCUUCAUCAACAGGAUCUGUAACAAUUUUCCUAUACCAUCCAAAUAACCAGACGCUGUCAGUCAGCCAGCAGUGGAACGCAGCUCACUUUCACACAGGUCCCGGCAGUCCCUCCUAUAGCAGUGCGCCGUGUACAGGAAUUGUGUGUGACAACCCAGAAAUCGUUACGGUUGGAGAAGACGGUCGAAUCAAUCUCUUCAGAGCUGAUCAUAAGGAAGCUGUAAGAACCAUAAACAACGCAGAUAGCAGCACACUCCGUGCUGUAACCUUCCUUCGCACUCCUGAGAUUCUCACGGUAAAUUCAAUUGGACAGUUAAAAAUCUGGGAUUUCAGACAACAAGGAAAUGAGCCCUCGCAGAUAUUAUCACUGACCGGAGACCGAGUGCCGCUGCACUGCGUUGACAGACAUCCCAACCAGCAGCACAUUGUCGCUACCGGAGGCCAGGACGGGAUGCUGAGUGUCUGGGAUGUAAGGCAGGGUACUAUGCCCGUGUCUCUGCUGAAGGCUCAUGAGGCCGAGAUGUGGGAAGUGCGCUUCCACCCUUCCAAUCCCGAUCAUCUCUUCACGUGUUCUGAAGACGGAUCCCUCUGGCACUGGGAUGCCUCCGCCAACGUCCCUGAGAAGUCCUCACUCUUUCAUCAAGGAGGAAGAAGCAGCACGUUUCUGUCUCAUAGCAUUAACCACCAGGUCAAUGCUCACCAGUCUCUAAUCAGUUCUUGGCUUAGCACUGACCCUGCGAAAGACCGCAUUGAAAUCACCAGCUUGCUUCCCAGCAGGACUCUGUCUGUGAACAGUCUGGAUGUCCUAGGUCCUUGCCUUGUUUGUGGAACUGAUGCAGAAGCAAUUUAUGUUACUAGACAACUUUUUUCAUGAACGUAUGGAGGUAAAAUGUACAGACAGCCUUGUUAAUCCCAAACUGUGUGCAAAUUUUAUUAGAAAAUAUGAGAUUUUCAGAAUGUCAAUAAACUGUGGUUGAUAUUGA